AUGUCUACUGCAUUUAACACAAAAGUACAUUUACCCGAUAGUGGAGGCGAAAAUGCAAGUAAAUUAUCUGAAACGAGACAUGAAAAAACUAAUACGGGCGAAAGAGCUUCUUUAUUGCUUAAACGUGACCAUGUUUCUCUUCAUAAGCGCAAAAUUUGGCUAGGAUUCGUGUGCUUAGUAGCUAUUCUGGGGUUGUACUUGUUAAUCACAGAAGAGACUUUGAACCAAUAUCCGGAUACAAGUGAAGAAUUACCACUGUCAUUUUCUUCAUUGUCAAAGACGCCAUAUUAUUAUCCGCCCACUUUAAAUAAUGGCACGUAUGACUUUAAUUCGACAGUUAUUCUGAUCUCGUUUGAUGGAUUUAGAGCAGAUUAUUUGGAGAGAAAACUUACACCCGUGCUGAGGAAAUUUAUACACGAUGGAAUUAGAGCGGAAUAUAUGAUUCCCUCAUUUCCGUCAGUUACCUUUCCCAAUCAUCACACAAUCAUCACGGGUCUUUAUCCCGAAUCACAUGGAAUGGUGGGAAAUGAGUUCUUCGAUCCAGAACUAAAAGAUUCAUUUUGCUACAGCGAUCCGGAAAAAUACCGAGAUCCAAAGUGGUGGGACGGAGAACCGCUUUGGGUCACUGCCGAAAAACAAGAUCGGAAAUCCGGGAUGAUGAUGUGGGCAGGUUCUGAGGCCAAGAUCAAAGGCUAUCAACCAACCUAUCUUGUGCCACAUGACAACAAAGUCACGCCGAAAGAUAAAGUGGCUAAAGUAAUGGAAUGGUUAGAUCUUCCAAUCGAAGAAAGACCUACAUUUAUUGCCGUUUAUGAAGGUCAGCUAGAUUCGGCAGGUCAUAAGUACGGCCCAUAUUCAAAGCAAUUAGACGACGCGUUGAAGUCGGUUGACGAUAUGGUAUUGGAUUUGUUGAAUGGUUUAGCUAUGCGAAAUUUAACAGAUAUUGUUAAUGUCAUCAUAGUAAGCGAUCAUGGUAUGUCAUCAACUAAUGCCAAAAACCUAGUAUUACUCGAUGACUUUAUCGACACAUCACUAAUACAUCCACUCGAAGGAUUUCCACUGGGCGGUAUACGCCCAUACAACGGCAACGAUAUUCACGAAAUUUACGCGACACUACAAAAAGCUAGUCACGAUAAAAACUGGAAUUGUUAUCUACGUCAUCAAAUUCCUGAGAGAUUCAAUUUCCGUGCCUCGAAACGUAUUAGUCCUAUCUUGUGUAUUCCAACACACGGAUGGGCGUUUUCCACCAGGCGUGAUUUUGCUUUGGAUGCUGUUCCACUAGGAUUGCAUGGUUACGAUAACUUAAUUCAUGAUAUGCAAGCCAUUUUCUUGGCACGUGGGCCUGCAUUCAAACACCUUACGCGGGAAAAUAGUACUAAUGAAAAUAACAAUAACAAUAAUAGAUUUAGAUUUAGAAACAGUGACAAGUCACUAUCUCGCACUAUUGAACCUUUCCGAAAUGUAGAAGUGUAUAAUAUUAUCGCAAAGAUUCUUGGAUUGGUACCUGCUGUGAAUAAUGGGACAUUUGGUGGGAUCAUUUGA